AGCGUUAAAUGUCUGUGAUGUUGAUGUUUUGAUAAAGGUGAGAGAAAGCGUAACAGAAUUUUUCAAGAGUUUGGAGUCUUUAAAAUGACAUAGUGUUAGACGAAAUUGAGAAGCAUGAGGCAGAUUUAACUGUACAUUGAAGACCCCUGUCACCACGACGGACGUGUGUUAAAGCCCAUCGGCAGGAUAAGUCAACAAAAGCUGAAUGAUACGAAUCAAAUCAUCUGAAAAUAAAGGUGCAAAAUGGCCCAAAAUCCUGCCCGAAAACAGAAGAGAAAAACAUAUACAAAAGAAGAACUUCAGGAGUUGUCAAAAGAAGAACUGAUCUCAAGAGUUCUGCAGUUGGAAGCCUAUAACACACAAUUAAAGUGUUCACUAACUAAACGACUGAGUGAAGUGGAGAAUACAGUCAGUAUUGAAGAAACAAAGCGCAAACGAGCUUUUGAUUUUUCAAAUUGCAGUAAGAGGCAUAUUAUGUUGAAAGUAUUGUAUCUUGGAUGGAAUUAUCAGGGUCUAGCAACACAGGAGGACAGCACUAAAACUAUUGAACAUGAGCUGUUUGCAGCUCUGUACAAAACUUGCCUUGUUGAAAGCAGGGAGACUGCCAAUUAUCAUCGAUGUGGUCGUACAGAUAAGGGUGUAAGUGCUUUCUGUCAGGCAUUCACAUUAGAUGUUAGAAGCAACUUGACUGAAGAGGAAGUACACUCAGGAAGCACUAACUCAGAACUACCGUAUCCAAAGCUUUUGAACCGUGUUUUGCCAAGUGACAUUAGGGUUCUAUCCUGGACACCUGUACCACAAGGCUUCAGUGCAAGAUUUGAUUGCAAAUCUAGGACAUACAAAUAUUUUUUCCCUAGAGGAAAUUUAGAUCUACAGAGGAUUAGUGAAGCUACAUGCUAUCUGGUAGGUAGCCAUGAUUUUCGUAAUUUGUGUAAAAUGGAUGUAAAGAAUGGAGUAAUCAAUUAUAUAAGGGAAAUUCUUAGCAUCGAACUGAAAGUUGUCUCCGAGGAUCCUGCAAAAGUAGUAUCAUAUGACAUGUGUGUACUAACAGUCAAAGGAAAAGGCUUUCUUUGGCAUCAGAUUAGAUGCAUUGUUGGUGUUUUGUUCUUAAUUGGUCAAGGCAAGGAGGAGCCCACUGUUAUAAAGGACUUAUUAAAUGUUGAUAUUAACCCACAGAAACCUCAGUAUUGUCUUGCUAAUGAAGUUCCACUUAAUCUCUUCCAUUGUGAAUUUGAUGAAAUGGGGGAGAUAGUGGACAAUGAUACACUAAUAAGUGUGAUACAUGAACUCCAGAGAAUUUGGACAAUUCAUGCUGUUAAAACAACAAUGGUGCGUUCUAUGUUGUGCUGCUUGCAAGAAAAUAUAGAUCAAAAUGCAAAUGAACAAAGUUCAUGCCUUCUUGAUGGAGUGAAACGCAAAGUUUACCAGCCGCUCUUUGAGAGGCCAAAAUGUGAUAGUUUGGAUGAGCGCAUUCAGCAUUACAUAAAAAAGAAGAAAAUUGAGCUUCCUGAAAAUGAGAGAGAAAAUGCGAAGUAGUGAUCAACAGUUUAGGUUGACAAUUGUAUAUCUGAAAAUAAAUAUUGAACGUUUUUUAGUAAUUGUGUAAAUGUUGAUGUAACAUAACCAAAUGAAAAAAAGUUGAUCUGAUGAGAAGAUAUUUGUUCAGCUUUUCUACAUAGCUGUUUAAGCAGAGACAGGACAUUACUAAUGGAAAAAUAAUCAUCUUGUCCGUUAAAUGAAUUUGUCCCUUUUUGCUGCCACAGUUUUGAUAUUACAGUAUAGGAGGAAAACAUGCAUCUUUUAUGAAUUAUGUUUGUUGCAAACCCUGCAGUAAAACCUGCAAGAGUCUCUUCCAAAGUUUCACAUGAUGACAGCUGAAAGUUGGUCUACAAACAAAUGUCAGUAGUCUUUGCACAGUUUUCUGUUUUUAUUGCUAAAAUAUUUAGUGAAUUUUUAAAUAGUAUGAAGUUCUACAUGAUAUGAAGAUAGUUGUCUGCUUUCUUCACAUUUGUGAUGUAUUUAAAACAUUUCCUACAUCUGUUUGUGGAAGCAUGUUACAUUUUCUUUAUUCAUCACUAGUGCAUGACUAUUGGCCUUCAGUGUGUAUGGAGAAAGAAACUCAUCAUUGGAUUCCACUAUUUCUGUCACAUUGUAUAUGCAAUGAAAAAAAAAAAAAAAACAAGAAGCUAUCUGUUUACAAGACUUGGGCUCUAUUUGCUGAUUUUUUUUUUUUUUUUUUUUUUUUUUUUUUUUUUGUGUGUGUGUGUAGUAAACAGCAAAUGAUGAAUGGUCUGUUUGACCAAAAAUAUCAACUGUUGGUUCCACAUUUGUUCCUUCUUAAACUGUGUAGAGAAGAAAAGUAUCCAUUUCUGUGAGAUUGUGACCUGCGUUAUAUCCCUACUCCCGGUGGAGACUGAUACAUUUGACAGUUGGGGGCAUCCGUUCUAUUCACUUUCCUGUAUCAUCAUCAUCAUCAUCAUCAUCAUCAUCAUCAUCAUCAUCCACUAUGCAAGUGAGUCAUAACUUUGGCAUUCUUCCCUCUAACGCCACACCUUUAAACUAUCUCUGGGAGGUUACUUUACACCAUUUAGUUGAUUCUUGCCACUACGUUUCCCUCAACGUACACCUGUAAAUCUCCUUUUCAUUCAUUCAUACUCCCUUGUUAUUGCUAUAAUUUUUCCAAUUUUUUGUAGUGAUUUAAUUAUUGUCUAUCUGGUGUUUUCAGACAUUAUCUGUCUGCACCAUUUACUUCCUCUUUCCUUUUAAUCUUUGUUGCUCCAUUAAUGCCUCUGUUUUGUGUUUGCCCAUCUACUGUCCUGAAAACUGCACAACCUACCAUUUCUACCUUGUCAAGUUUACAGAUCUUGUCUGUUGCUGUUAAUACAUUAGAGACAGAAUUCAAAUACCCCAAACAGGGUAGCUGAACUCCAAAUUUAGCACAUUGCCUUGCCACAAUGAGUGCAACAAAUUCGAAUGAUGGGCCAUGGAGUUCAUAUCUGGUGUGUAUAUUCAUGUAUGUUAUAUCAGUUUUUAAUGACAAAUAUACAAAAGCUAGUUUUUAAUGACAAAUAUACAAAAGCUUUUACCGUAACAUUUUUUAUCCCAAGAAAAAAGGAACUUGUACAUACUGUUCUUCAACAUAAUUUGACUUCUUGUUUGUUUUGAAAUGCACAAACAAAGAUAAACAUCUUAACCAGGGCAUAGCCUGAAUGUUUCAUUUCAGACACAUUUUGCUCCCUGCUCUUAAUGAUGUCAUCACACACUUUGCAGAAACUUGUUGGGUGUGAAUAUUUUAUUGUUGUUAUUAUUUAGUAUGUGAUUUGUUUUUCUGGAAAUGUUUGCCACAGUUUGGAGAGGGUAAACUUUUUCUUUCAUCCAUAUUUCUUGUCUUGUGACACCUGCCAUGAACAGAAAAAAGCAGUUGUUUCCACCAUUUGUAAUGAGACUUCCUGAAGGGGUAAUAACCCCUUUUAUUCAUACCCCCUACUUUACUCUCACAAGUGUACUACCUCCAGGCGGUGCAUUGCAUAAACAGUGAACCAGCAGGGGUAUAAGCUUUGAGAAAAAUGGUAUUAGAUUCGGAACAGAGUGGUGUUACAGAAAGUGCUGUUGGGAACUGUAAAUUAUCAAGAAUAUGGGAACUGUAUGGCACUACAAUGCACAGACAUUGUAUAAGUAGAAGUUAUUGUACUAGGUGGAAUACAAAAAAUGGCAGGAAUAACUUUAUCCACUUACUAUGUAGUUAAGGUAUUGAGUAGGAGACAGACAUAUAUUAAAAAGUAAAGGUUAAUUUAUUUGGUUUCAGAAACAGCUAUGUCAUUGAAAUUUGUUUCUUUAAUGUUAAAAUGCAGAGGUAGUUCAGAGAUGUCUGUGCUUGUUUGCCACUCACUGGCUCAAGUAUAUGGUGAGGAUUUGUUAGAUUUUGAUCUGUGUUAUAAUAUAUAGCAUUACAACAGUGGUUAUUCAACAGACUAACGCAUUGUUAUAGUGACAUAAUAAUCUUGUGGUAAAUUCUUGAAUUUCAGUGUAUGACAUGCAAGGCCUUGCUUUAAUUUUCUCACUAACUAAUGAACAUAAUUAAAAUCUUUUUGUUUAGUGACUGGUUACACAGUAUAUUUCACAGUGAUUAGAAUAAGUUAUUCACAUAUUGAUAGCCUCUUUGUAACUGAUAAAAUACCAGCUCCUUACUUGUAACUGUAAUGGAAAUUCCUGGACUACAGUCAUUCCUUUCCUUGUGUUUCAGCUAGAGUGUAGUCUUUUUGUGGUGUACCAUUAUUAUAAUGUUCUACGCUUAAAUUUGUUGAGCAAAUAUGUAACUUUGUGACUACACAGGCCCUUGUUGACUCAUUCAUCUCUUAUUCGAGCCUUAUCUGCCUUUUCCAUUAAUUCAAGUAGAACUACUUCAGGAAUAGUGUGAUCUCUGGCUUUGUUAGUGGACCUUCUUUUUAAAUUAAUUACAUUUUUAAGAACUCUUCCAAUGUCACACCUGUAACUCUUUUCCAACAAAUAAACUCGUUAAAGUUUGUAAUAAAUUAAAAUUGCAUGCCUGAAAUGGACUUGAGUCAUCAGUCUUCUGACUGAUUUGAUUUAGCCUGCCAUGAAUUCCUCCCCUGUGCCAACCUCUUCAUCACAGAGUAACACUUGCAACCUAUGUCCUGUAUUAUUUGCUGGAUGUAUUCCAAUCUGUCUUCCUCUGCAGUUUUUGCCUUCUACAGCUCCCUCUAGUACCAUGGAAGUCAUUCCCUGAUGUCUUAACAGAUGUUGUAUUACCCUGUCCCUUCUCCUUGUGUAUUUUCCACAUGUUCCUUUCCUCACCAAUUCUGUGCAGAACCUCCUCAUUCCUUACUUUACCAGUCCAUCUAAUUGUCAACAUUCGUCUGUAGCAUCACAUCUCAAAUGCUUCAGUUCUCUCCUGUUCCUCUAUUCCCAUGGUCCAGAUUUCACUACUAUACAAUUCUGUGAUGCUAACACACAUUCUCAGAAAUUUCUUCCUCAAAUUAAGGCCUAUGUUUGAUACAAGUAGACAUAUCUUGGGCAGGAUUGCCCUUUUUGUCAGUGCUAAUCUACUUUUGAUUGCUCCAUCUGUCACUGGUUAUUGCCUGGGUAGUAGAAGUCCUUAACUUCAUGUACUUCGUGACCAUCAAUCCUGAUGUUAAGUUUCUCGCAUUUCUCAUUUCUACUCCUUCUCAUUACUUUUGUCUUCCUUCAGUUUAAUCUCAGUCCAUAUUGUGUACUCAUUAGACUGUUUAUUCCAUUCAGAAGAUCCUGUAAUUCUUCUCCACAUUCACUCAGGAUAGCAGUGUCAUCAGAAAAUCGUAUCAUUGAUAUUCUUCCACCUUUAAUUUUAAUUCCACUCCUGAACCUUUCCUUUAUUUCCAUCAUUGCUUCUUCAGUGUACAGAUUGAACAGUAGUGGUGAAAGACUACAUCCCUGUCUUACACCCUUUUCAAUCUGAGUACUACAAUCUUGCUCAUCCAUUCUUAUUAUUCCCUCUUGUUCUUGUACAUAUUGUAUAUUACCCGUCUCUCCAUAUAGCUUACCCCUUUUUUUCUCAGAAUUUUGAACAUCUUGACAUAUUUUACAUUGAUGGACACUUUUUCCAGGUCAACAAUUCAAGUGAACAUGUCUUGAUUUUUUCUUUAGUCUUCCUUCUAUUAUCAACCACAACAUCAGAAGUGACCCUCUGGUGCCUUUACCUUUCCUAAGCCAAACUGAUCAUCAUCUAACACAUACCCAUUUUUCUUUUCCAUUCUUCUGUUCAUUAUUCUUGUAAGCAGGAGCUGUUAAGCUGAUGGUGUGAUAAUUCUCACAUUUGUCGGCUCUUGCAGUCUUCGAAAUUGUGUUGAUGAUAUUUUUCCGAAAGUCAGAUGGUAUGUCACCAGACUCAUACAUUCUACAUACAAAUGUGAAUAGUCGUUUUGUUGCCUCUUCCCCCAGGGAUUUUAUAAAUCCUGAUGGAAGGUUAUCAGUCCCUUCUGUCUUAUUUGAUCUUAAGUCCUUUAAAAUUCUCAUAAAUUCUGAUUCAAAUACUGGAUCCCCUCUCGCUUGUAUAUUGACUCCUGUUUCUUCUUCUAUCACAUUAGACAAGUCUUCCCCCUCAUAGAGGCCUUCAAAGUACUCUUUCCGCUCACUCCUCUGCAUUUAACAGUGGAAUUCCUGUUGCACUCUAAAUGUUACCACCCUUGUUUUUAUUUUGACCUAAGGUUGUUUUGACUUUCCUAUACACUGAGUCAGUCCUUCCAAUGUUCUUUUUUUUCAGCUUCUUCAUAUUUUUCAUGUGUCUAUUUCAUCUUAGCUUUCCUGCACUUCAUAUUUAUUUCAGUCCUCAGUGACUUAUAUUUCUGUAUUCCUGAAUUUCCCGGUACAUUUUUGUACUUCCUUCUUUCACCGAUCAGCUGGGGUAUUCCUUCUGUUACCCAUGGCUUCGUCACAGUGAACUUCCUUGUACCUAUGUUUUUCUUUCUAACUUCUGUGAAUGCCCUUUUUAGAGAUAUCCAUUCCUCUUCAACUGUACUGCCUACUGGGCUAUUCUUUAUUGCUAUAUCUACAGCCUUAGAGAACUUCAAGCGUAUCUCAUCAUUCUUUAGUACUUCUGUAUCCCACUUCUUGCUUAUUGAUUCUUCCUGACUAAUCUCUUGAACUUUCAGUCUGCUCUUCAUUACUACUACUACGUGAUAGUCUAUAUCUGCUCCUGGAUAUGCCUUAAAAUACAGUAGCUGAUUUUGGAAUCUCUGUCAGACCAUGAGGUAAUCUAACUGAAAUCUUUCCAUAUCACCCAGCCUUUUCUGAGUAUACUUCCUCUUCUUGUGAUUCUUGAACAGAGUAUUCACUAUUACUAGCAGGCCUUACAUUACGAAAAAGACCAUUUCUCUCGUAAGACAGGGUUCUAUGUAUGAGACAUGGUCCAGUACAAAGUGUUAAUCUUUACUGGAGCAUUAAAGAUUAAUUCUGAGACCACAUCAGUGUUGACACACUUAUCUCAAACGCCUCAGCAUACUAUCCUCUAAGUACUUGUUAAAUAUAGAGAAAGCAGCUGUUGAUACAGCAAAGUAAAUUGCUUUGGGCUGGAUCAAGAAGCUCAGUAUCUUACAGAAUUUUAAAAGGUUUUAAUGAAGACUGUGUAAAAUCUUAUAUUAUCAUUAAAAAAUACUACUGGGUGUGAAGGACACUUAAAUUGCUGUAAAGUAUAACAGCAUCUCCAGUAACUGAAAUAAUCAAAAUAGUCAACUAAUAUUUUUAACUAAAAUUGUUGAAGUAAACAGAAGGUAAACCUCUGUUCAAGAAAGGGUUAAGUGAAAACAGAGCAAGCUAUUAUCCAAUUUCUGUUCUUCAGAUCCUGUCAAAAACGGCUACAAUCCAGUUACAAAAUUUUUUGCAGAAUAUGGUAUUAUUCAAAGAAUCUUAUUUAGUACUGUAGAAAACUGGUUCCAGUUAAAUGGGUUGAAACUGGAACUGAAAACAAAAUCCCAUACUGUACAUAUCCAAAAGAAACAUUUAAAUUGCUAAGAGAUUAAAACAAUUUUGAACAGUUGGUUUAGAGAGAAAGGUGAUACAGUUACAUUUCUUGGAUUAAAUUUGGACAAGAAUUUAAGAUAAUCACACAUUGAUUUUCUUAAAAAUAAAUGAAGUAAUUUUGCAUUAGAAGUACAACUUCUACUGACAUCUAUACAUUACAAAUAGCAUAUACUAAUUACUGUAUUUAUCAUUAGGUGUAGAAUAGUUUUCUGGGAAGCUCAAAUAGCAUCUGUGGAUACUGAAGCUGCAGAAGAAAAUUAUUAGAUGCUUUUGUACUGCAUAGCCAAAACUAUCUUGUCCACUAUUAUUAGAAACUACAAAUCAUAAUUGUUCCCUGCCUAUACACUCGUGAAAUUAUGAUGUAUUAUUCUUAUGCAAUAGACAAAUUAUUCAAGAAAAAUCAUUUUUACAGCAGGAUACCAUUGUUAGCAUUACUGUAGUUGCUUUCUAUUUUAGGUGAAGUUUCAUUACAAAUCUGUAACAUAUACCUAUAUUAAAUGAUUGAUAUAGAAACAUUGUGAGACUAAUAAAUCACACUUCACUGACAGCUGUUUGUCUACUGGCAAAGUAUAAACAUGUUUUAUAUAUUAGAAUUAUGUGUUGUUUACAUCCAUGAUUCCAAAUAUUCAGAUAAACUUUGAAGUGAUGGUAUACUAUAGUAGUA